AAUAAAAUUAAGGCCAAAAUAAUGCUACUAUGUAUCAUCUUACGUGUGAAAACUUUGGAGUAUAAUAACGAUUAGAAAAAAUUUUUAUGUAGUCAAAAACAAUUGAAAAUAAUGCUUUAUAGUAAAAUUAUCAGAUAUUUAUUUUAAAAGAAAAGAAUAAAAUACAAAAAAAUAUGAAAUUAAGCUUAAUUACGGCCGUUGCAAUUAUUUUGCUUGCGGGGUUUGUUGUGGCCGAACUUCAAGGGCCUCAAGUGACAAGUGGCGAAGCAAAAGAUAUUUUGGAAACAACGGAAAGUCCAACUAAGCCAACAUCGUCUAAUGAGGAAGCGGACGCUGAAGAAGAUUCCAAUGAAGCUCCCAAUAAUCAACGUAAAGCAGCCAAGUAUAUCGAUGAUCAAAUGACGGCAGCCAAAAAGGCUGCCCAAAUAGCAGCCACAAUGCAACCGGGAGAAGGCGGCGAUGGAAAAAAUAAACUUUUACAACUUGCCAUCUUUGAGCGUUUAUGGAAUGAAGAGAUGGUGCGCAAAAAGUUACAGGAACAAAUCGAAACGAUUGAAGCAAAAAGAGAACCCGUCGAAGCAGUCGAUCCAACACAAGAAGAAAUUGAAGCUCAAAGUAUGUAUGAAAGGGCAAUGGAAAUAUUUAAUGGUGCCAAUCCCAAUAAACGUGUAGCUCAUACAUUGCUGCGAAAAGCUGCUGAAAUGAAAAAUAGCCAAGCUCGUUCUACUUUAGCCUGGCUACGUAUUUUCGAACAAGAAACGGAAUAUGAUUUAAGUUAUGCAGCCAAAGAAUUUGAAGAAUUGGCCAAAGAAGGUUUGGGCCAAGCACAUUUGGGUCUGGCUUACCUCUAUUCCGUGGGAGUCGGCGGCAAAAAUGUAAGUCAACCUUUGGCUUUGAUACACUUAACUUUGGCAGCACUCGAUGGUGAAUCGUUAGCUGAGAUGGCUUUAGGUUAUCGUUAUUCCUUUGGUAUUAAUGUACCAGCCAGUUGUGAAAAGUCGUUGUCGUAUUAUAAAAGAGUAGCUGCAAAAGUUGCUGCUAAUGUAAAAUUCUCUAGUGGACCUUUGGUGCACCGUGUCAGACUUUUAGAUGAAUCUGAAAAUCCCGGUAGUCAAGAAACAGAAAUUGUUGACUAUUAUCAAUUGCUGGCCGACAAAGGUGACGUACAAUCACAAGUGGGCUUGGGACAACUUUACUAUCAAGGUGGCAAGGCAAUUAAACAGGAUCAUCAGAAAGCUUUAGAAUAUUUUACAUUGGCAGCCAAUGCCGGUAAUGCAAUUGGCUAUGCCUUCUUGGGUAAACUAUAUUUAGAGGGCAGUGAGCAUAUAAAAGCUGAUAAUGAAACUGCAUUUAAGUAUUUUGCCAAAGCUGCCAACUUAGGAGAUCCCGUUGGUCAAAGUGGUUUGGGUUUGAUGUAUUUAAAAGGUUACGGUGUACCCAAAGAUCCCUUAAAGGCUUUAAACUAUUUCACUAUGGCUGCCGAUCAAGGCUGGGUCGAUGGCCAAUUACAAUUGGGAAUGAUGUAUUUUACUGGGAAUGGCGUUAAAACUGAUUAUAAAUUGGCCUUAAAAUAUUUCAAUUUGGCCUCUCAAUCUGGACAUGUUUUGGCUUAUUAUAAUUUGGGUAUUAUGCAUGCUUAUGGCAUUGGUAUAUUACGUUCCUGUGCAGCUGCUGUCGAGUUUUUCAAAAAUGUGGCUGAACGUGGCACUUGGAGUUCACAUCUGAUGAAAGCUUAUACCAAUUACAAAAACAAUAACAUCAACGAAGCCUUUUUGAUAUAUGCUCUCCUCGCAGAAGUAGGCUAUGAAGUGGCACAAAGUAAUGCUGCUUAUCUUUUAGAUCGCGGUGAUGUUACCAUCUUUCAUGAUCGCAACGAAGAAUUAAUAAGAGCUUUUUACUAUUGGAAACGUGCAGCAGCUCAGGGCUAUUCGGCAGCUCAAGUGAAGUUAGGAGAUUAUUACUAUUACGGCUGGGGAACUGAUAUUGAUUUUGAAAUGGCUGCUGCUUUAUAUCGUAAAGCCUCUGAGCAACAAUAUAAUGCCCAAGCCAUGUUUAAUUUGGGUUAUAUGCACGAGAAAGGUUUGGGCAUGAAGAAAGACUGGCACUUGGCUAAACGUCAAUAUGAUUUAGCGGCUGUGACAAAUGCCGAUGCUAAAGUUCCCGUUGCCAUAGCAUUGUUAAAAUUGCAAUUGUUGGCCAAAAUUGAAUCGAUUAAAGAGUCACCCUAUAAAUUUAUCUUUUAUUUGGACGAAAACAUUGCUGCUAAUUGGGAUUUAUAUAUGAUUACUAUAUUGACUCUGCUGUUGGGUUUCAUCAUGUACACUAGACGUACUUUAGAAAACCAACGGCAACAGAUUCUAGAAAAUAUUCAACAAGAUGAAAAUACCAUAGAACAACUAAACAAUGAGAAUGCUACAGCAACAACAACUGAAAAUGACACAACUAAUACACCAUCUACACUAACUUCAGCAACAACAACUGCUACUACUAAAACUACUACAACUACUACAGAAACUACUCAAGACUCUAAAAAUGAUCAACCAUCAACUUCGUCAAAGACGUCUACAGCAACAACGUCGUCUACAUCACAAAUUACAACAUCUACGACUUCUACAACAAGCACAUCAGCGUCGUCAGCAUUACCAUCGGCUGCUUCAAAUUCUAUAGCUGAUCCCACGGAAUAAUAAACAUAUUGAUACAUUUAAUUUCUUCUUAUAAAUUACUGUAUAUUAACUAAUAUCUACAACUAAAUUAAAAUUUAUUUAAAUUUA